AUGUGUUGCAACUACUAUGGAAACUCCUGUGGGAGCGGUGGAUAUGGCUCUGGCUGUGGAUAUGGCUGUGGAUACGGCUCUGGCUACGGCUGUGGAUAUGGCUCUGGCUGUGGAUAUGGCUCUGGCUGUGGCUCUGGCUCUGGCUGUGGAUAUGGCUGUGGCUAUGGCUCUGGCUGUGGAUAUCGCUGUGGCUAUGGCUCUGGCUGUGGAUAUCGCUGUGGCUAUGGCUCUGGCUGUGGAUAUCGCUGUGGCUAUGGCUCUGGCUGUGGAUAUGGCUGUGGAUAUGGCUCUGGCUGUGUAUAUGGCUCUGGCUGUGGCUAUGGCUCUGGCUGUGGAUAUGGCUGUGGAUAUGGUUCUGGCUCUGGCUGUGGAUAUGGCUGUGGAUACGGAAGUGGCUGUGGAUUCCGGUCUGGCUGCGGAUAUGGCUGUGGAUAUGGAGGUACCUUUGGACAUGGCUGUGGUUAUGGCUCCGGAUGCUGUGGCUACCGACCAUCUUGCUACAGAAGAUGCUAUUCCUCUUGCUGCUAA